AUGUAUUCCAUGCUCCGUACCGGAUAUCCGAAGUGGAGUGUGAUCCCUCACGAGGAACGGGAGUUGUGGUUUCGUCAGUUUGCGAAGACGGGUCAAGUUCAAGACCCCGUGAUCAGAUCUGUCGUUGAGUUGGUGGAAACUCAAAAAGAAGCUCUUUUAGCUUCUCAGCCUCUCUCUGAUGACGGCGAUUCUACGGGAGCUUCAACCAACAUGUUGCGGUUGCAAAUCAAUGAUAUGGUUGAAAAGGCGGUUCCUAAAAGGAAAGGAGGUCGUUUAGUUGGGUUGGCUCGUCGUUCUUCUUCGGUUCCGGGGUCUUCUUCGCAAGCUUCGUGUACCGAUCCCAUGAUUCUGGAGCAACUACAGAACAAAGAUGAACGGAUUAUGGCAUUGGAGGAGCAGAACACCACUAUCAUUGCCGAGCUGGAAUCCCAAAAGAAGACCAACGCUCAGAUAAUGGAAAAGCUAGAACGCUUGUUUCCUACUGAGUUUUAA